CUCUCUCUCUCUCUCUCUCUCUCUCUCUCAUAAAUGAUUUAGCUGGGAAAGAAACAAUGGAAUCGAAGCUCUUUUUGUUGUUAGUCACGGUGGGCUUCACAGUUAUCGCAGGCGAGUAUGUCCGGCCUCAGCCUCGCAAAGACCUCCAAGUGCCAUGGGACGCAAAACCCUCUUCCCAAUCUCAACAGGUGCACAUCUCUUUGGCAGGAGACAAGCACAUGCGAGUGACGUGGGUCACUGGUGAUAGAUCUGCUCCUUCGAUUGUUGAAUAUGGAACAUCAUCGGGGAAAUACAGCUCCGUAGCUCAAGGAGAAAGCACUUCGUAUAGUUAUAUGAUCUAUAAGUCUGGACUGAUACACCACACUGUCAUUGGUCCUCUUGAACAUGAUACAGUUUACUUCUACAAAUGUGGAGGACAAGGUCCUGAGUUUCAGCUCAAGACCCCUGCAGCUCAGUUUCCAAUUACUUUUUCUGUGGCAGGAGAUCUUGGUCAAACUGGAUGGACAAAGUCAACCCUAGAACACAUCGAGCGCUGCAAGUAUGAUGUGCAUCUCCUUCCUGGAGACCUUUCAUAUGCUGAUUAUUUGCAGCCUCGGUGGGAUACCUUUGGUGAGCUGGUUCAGCCACUCGCAAGUGCAAGGCCAUGGAUGGUAACCCAGGGAAACCAUGAGAAGGAGAGCAUACCAUUCUUGAAGGAUGGGUUUGAAUCCUAUAAUUCUAGGUGGAAAAUGCCGUAUAAAGAGAGUGGAUCGAGCUCGAAUCUUUAUUACUCCUUUGAAGUUGCAGGUGCUCAUAUUAUCAUGCUUGGCUCGUAUACUGAUUAUGAUGAACAUUCAGAUCAAUACAAGUGGUUGAAGGCUGAUCUGUCAAAGGUAGACCGACAAAAGACACCUUGGUUGCUUGUGGUAUUUCAUGUUCCCUGGUAUAAUAGUAACAAGGCUCAUCAAGGUGAAGGGGACAGCAUGAUGGCAGCAAUGGAGCCAUUGCUUUAUGCUGCUAGUGUUGAUAUAGUGUUUGCUGGUCAUGUUCAUGCUUAUGAACGCUCGAACCGUGUUAACAGUGGAAAAUCAAAUACAUGCGGUGCAGUCCACAUUACCAUUGGUGAUGGAGGAAAUAGAGAAGGCUUAGCUCAAAGGUAUGAGCACCCAUCACCUGAGUGGUCAGUUUUCCGGGAAGCAAGUUUUGGUCACGGUGAGCUAGAGAUAGUCAAUUCAACCCAUGCCUUUUGGACCUGGCAUAGGAAUGAUGAUGAUGAGCCUGUAAGGUCUGAUCAGGUAUGGAUGACCUCCUUGGUCAGUUCAGGAUGUGUUGCUGAAAAGACACAUGAGCUGAGGAAGAUACUCAUGUCACCAUAGUACAUCUGUUGCCUAGCUUCACCUGACUCACAUGAAGGGGAACUUCUUGGUCAACACCAUGAUAUCUUAAUCGAAUCAUUCCUAGCAGCUUGAGAUAGUAGAACGCGCUGAUCUGCUAUAUGAUCUCUGUCAACUAGUUGGUGUGAGGAACAGCUGUGUUUUUAGCAAUUUGGAUGUGCAAGCAUUUCUUCAUAUUUUUGAACUUUAUCUCUGGAACAUACAUAUACUAAUAUUCCGCCUUUAUAUGUUAAAUAUAAAUAUAUAUGCACGAAUAUUAAUAUUCUUUUAUCAUCGUGGUAGCUAUUGGCUAUUGCUAUGGCUUGUUUCAUAA